GUGAUUGGCUGCGAGUAGGGAGGAGAUCCCCUAGGCUGAGUGAAGGAGACAGAGAAGGACAGUGCCAUUCCUAGCCUCCCUUCGACAAUGGCUCUGCCUCUUAAGGUCCUCAGUCGGAGCAUGGCCAGCGCAGCCAAAGGGGACCAUGGAGGCGCAGGAGCCAGCACUUGGCGCCUCCUGACCUUUGUGCUGGCUCUCCCCAGCGUAGCUCUCUGCUCGCUUAACUGCUGGAUGCACGCUGGCCACCGUGAGCGCCCAGAGUUCAUCCCCUAUCACCACCUCCGCAUCCGAACCAAGCCCUUCUCCUGGGGGGAUGGGAACCACACGCUUUUCCACAAUCCCCACGUCAAUCCUUUGCCCACCGGCUACGAGAAGCCUUGAAGACUCGGCAGACGUACUCUGCCACAGUCUCCAAACUGACCUCCAUACCGGCUCUGAGAGCCCCUGAGGUUCCAGUGGACAGUUCCAAGUGCAAUAAAGGUGUGAAACUUU